AGGUGCCCGCGGGCAGCCCCGGAACGUUCCUUCCCCCGGCCCCUCCCGCCGGCGCGGCACCGGCGCCUAUCUCUCACGAGACCAUCCCGCGCCUUCAGCGGUGUCGGGCUGCAGCGCGCGCGGCCGGCGCUCGCCCCGUUUCCCACCCGCCCCGCGCCGGGGGGUUUUGCUGGCGGCGCGUCUGCCCCGCCCCGCCCUGCCCUGUCCUUCCCUUCCCUUCCCGCCGGCUCCGCCUCCCGCGGCGUCUGGGCUCACUCGUCCUGUCUCCCGGGCGGGCGGCGCCUCUCGGCUUUCCCCCGCACCCCCUUCCUCCUCCCGGCGGUGACGGGAGCGGCGCGGCGGGCGGAGCGCUCCCCGGCUGGCUGCCCGCACGACUCUGCGCGGGCGCCCCCCUCGGCUGUUUCCGGAGGAAGGAGAAGCGCAGUUGCCCCCUCCCCCUCUCCGCCUUCCUCCCCCUCCUCCUCGCUUGCUCCCUCCCUCCCGGCCCCCCCUCGGAGCGGAGCGCGGAGUCACCGCGGCGCACAGACGGGCCCGGCGGCGGCGGCACUCGCACACAAUGGCGCUCAAACGCAUCAACAAGGAACUUAGUGACUUAGCCCGUGACCCUCCAGCACAGUGUUCAGCAGGUCCCGUUGGAGAUGACAUGUUUCAUUGGCAAGCCACAAUUAUGGGACCUAAUGACAGUCCAUAUCAGGGUGGUGUAUUCUUCUUGACAAUUCACUUUCCUACAGACUACCCUUUCAAACCACCUAAGGUUGCAUUUACAACAAGAAUCUAUCAUCCAAAUAUUAACAGUAAUGGCAGCAUUUGUCUUGAUAUUCUAAGAUCACAGUGGUCUCCUGCUUUAACUAUUUCUAAAGUUCUCUUAUCCAUUUGUUCACUGUUAUGUGAUCCAAAUCCAGAUGACCCACUAGUGCCAGAGAUUGCACGUAUCUAUAAAACAGACAGAGACAAGUACAACAGAAUAUCUCGGGAAUGGACUCAGAAGUAUGCCAUGUGAUGCUACCUUAAAGUCAGAAUAACCUGCAUUAUAGCUGGAAUAAACUUUAAAUUACUGUUCCUUUUUUGAUUUUCUUAUCCGGCUGCUCCCCUCUCAGACCUCAUCUUUUUUAUUUUUUUGUUUACCUCCUUCCAUUCAUGCACAUGCUCAUCUGAGAAGACUUUAGUUCUUCCAGCUUUGGACAAUAACUGCUUUUAGAAUCUGUAAAGUAGUUACACAAGAACAAUUGCCCAAGAUUCAGAAUUUUUUUUUAAUGGAGCAUGUGUAUUAUGUGGCCAAUGUCUUCAUUCUAACUUGGUUAUGAGACUAAAAACAAACAUUCCUCACUGCUCUAACAGAUACUGAAGAUGUCACCUGAAGGGGGGAGGGGAGAUGGAUGUUCAAUUUUCUCCCAUCAAAGAAGUAACAUUGCUGUAGCAACAUCCAUCUUGUUUCAAAACCUUCCAGUGUUAGAGAACUGAGGUUUUAUUAUACACUUUUGCUCAUAACUGAUGUGUCUGGAGAAUUGGUACUGAAUCUAUAGCAUCAACAGAACAGAAAAUGUGAUGUAUCUUAUGCAUGUCAAUAAAGGAAUGACCAGUUCUUGUUUUACAGAGAAUGGAAAUUGGAAGUCAAACAUCCCUUGUACUCCAAAAUAGGGUCUAAGAACAUUUUUGUAAUUCAUUUAAAUUUUGUUAGGAGGCUUGGAGCUAUUAGUUAAUCUGUCUUCCAAAACACUGUUUAAUAUAGCACUGAAUAAAUGAUGCAAGUUGUCAGUGGAUGAGUGAUCAACUAAUAGCUCUACUAGUAAUUGAUUUAUUUUCUUCAAUAAAGUUGCAUAAACCAAUGAGUUAGCUGCCUGGAUUAAUCAAUAUGGGAAACAAAAUCUUUUGUAAAAGCAAAGCUGGUUUUUGUAUAUACUGUUGGGAUUUGCCUCAUUGUUUAACAUCAAAUAAUGAUGUAAAGUUCAAUAGAGUGGAUCUUUUGCCAUUUUCAGUUAUAAUGCUCAGUCUGUUGCAGGUUGACACAUUGUUCGGCCUGAUGUAUGCAGAAUUAAUAAGCUAACAUAGUAGUGUAGCCGUAGUCGGGUGCUACACGUGGUGCUGGGAGCCCAGCGUUCAAGGAUGGACUUGGGACCCAGCAGAUCUGAAGUGGUGUGUCACGGAGACCCUUCCUGAUGCACCCCUGUUUGCUGACUGAGAACCUUUUUCUUCACCUUGUACACUUGACAGCUGAAAGAUCUUAAUGUGAUAGUAAUGAUGAGGCAAAAAAAAAUAUAAAAUAAAGUACUGUUUUGAUGUGGGAAUUGUCA